AUGGCUCCCAUCAUAGAUAUGCUCACAGACAUCAUUCCUACCAAAACCAAGUGGGCAUUCCGUGAUCGCGUUGUUCGACUUUGGAAAAAUCUUACGUUUGGAAAAUCCGACGACAUUUGCAGCUUGGAGAUGGUAUUGAUCGACAGAGAUGGCACUAGAAUUCAUGCAUCGGUUAAACGCAACUUGAUCAAGACAUUCAAGCCCAUCAUCCGUGAAGGAGUCUUAUAUGUUAUGCGUGACUUCGUUAUUGGUUACAACAAUUCAAAGUACAAAGCUUCGAGUCACAGAUACAAGCUGAAUUUCAUGAUGAAGACAUACGUCAAAGAAGUUGAAGAUAGUAGCUUUCCAUACCAUAUUUAUAAUUUUAUUCCGUUUGGUCAUCUGUUGUCAGCUUCUAAAAUAGAUGAAAACAAGUUGAUUGAUGUAAUUGGAGAAGUAGUUAGAAUCAAUACAGUCCACUCAAAGGAAAUCUCUGGGAGAAGUACAAGAAUGAUUGAUAUUUUACUACAAGAUAUUGAGAAUAAUCGGUUGUCCUGCACCAUCUGGAGUGAGCAGUCUGAUGAGCUUAGUAACGUCCUGGAUACUAAAAAUCCAGAACCAGCCAUAUUAUUACUUCAGACGUGUCGAGCUAAAAAGUUUAGAGGUGGAGGUUGCGAUGUCAAGAGUAUUGAUCAACUACUGGAUUCGUCUGAGGUUGGUCAUUGUUGGAUUUAUGUUACUAUUGUGGCUGUUGAGAAUGAUCGGAAUUGGUGUUACCUAUCGUAUAAGAAGUACCUGAAAAAUGUUAACCCUAUAAAGACCAGAUUCCAUUGUGAGAAGUGUGAUAAUUUCAGCGCUGAUGGAAUUCUUAGGUUUAAGGUUCAAUUGAGGGAUUCUACAUCUGAUAAUGAGGUUAACAUGCCGACAAAGAGGCAUCAGAAGCCACUUUCCUUGGACGAGCUCAAACCCAGUAACAAAGCUAAGAGAACGUUGGACAUAUACUCAUCCACGCAAUUGUCAAGCAACAAGAGCCGAAGGAUUAUAAAGCAGGAGAAGCCUUGA